CGCCUGCCGGCUGGGCAUUUCACUUAAAUCGCGCGACCUCACGGUCACAUAGAUUGCCAGAAGCAAUUUCGGAGAGCUCUGAACGCGUUGCAGCGGCUGCAGAGACGCCAGACCUCGCUGCGGCUUCAGAGAGCACAAUAGCUCCGGUCUGCGCUGCGGACGCCUGGGCUGCGGACAGCCGCCGCGGGAGCAAAGGACUCCGGAGACGCGCGCCGUGAAUCAGUAAACGCGCUGCACCGCGAAAAAGCCGCGUGGACGCCGCGCCGCGCCGCCGCGUAACAAUGGGCCGCUCGUCGAGCAGCAGCUCGAGCAGCAGCAGCAGCUCCUCGUCCUCGUCCUCAUCCGAAGAGGGAGGCGAGGCCGCCGCGCGCGCGCGCGCCCGCGAGGAGGUCCAGGGCCGCAAGCGCCAGUUCCAGACCGUGGGCUCCGACUCCGACGACGAGGCGGCGCCGGCGAAGCGCCGCAAGAAGGAGAAGAAAUCCAAGAAGCGCAAGCACAAGCACAAGAAGGACAAGAAGAAAAAGAAGGUACGCGUUUCGCAGCGCGACGCCGUCGUCACUCUAUCUAUGCCCACGCAGGAGAAGAAAAAGAAGAAGAAGAAGAAGAAAAAGUCGAAAGCCAAGAACGCGGGCGCCUGCGACCAGGACCGGUUCGGCUCUCGGGGAGUCGUGCGCGAGAGCGACUUCUUCCGGAAGCGGCGCGAGUUCGAGGCGUGGCUCGGCGAGGUCAAGCAGAUGCCCGGCUUCAGCGGUUCGAAGCGCGAGCAGCUCGAGCUGUUCCGCGAGUACGCCGAGGACUUCAACACGUGCACGCUGCCCUCGGAUAAGUACUACGACCUCGAGGCCUGGGAGACGGCCGAGUACGCGCGGAAGCUGCGCGGCGAGCGGGCCUCGACGAAGGAGCGGACCGUCUUCGACGACGAGCGGGAGCUGGAGCGCGAGCGGCGCGCGGAGGCCGAAAAGCGAGACCGCGCGGCCGAGCAGGCCGAGCUGCGGGACCGGGCGCGCGACGGCGACCGCAUGAAGGACGUGCGCGAGGCGGACUUUCUGCGGGCCGAGCAGCAGCACGCCUACAAACGGGGCGACCAAGACGCGGUCCGAAGGAUCCAGCGGAAAUUAGAUGCGCUCGCGCCCGAGAAGGCGGACGCGGGGCCGAGGCAUCCUUGGGCUUAAGUUAAUUCACUUGUU